AUGGCCACCAUCUCGUUUUACAAAGAGUUGGACAAUAUUACGACUGCUGAUUUUUACUCUGUUUCCAACCAAAAGAAAAAGAGAAAGCUUGACUACGGGGGAAAUUAUUUCGCCGUAGAUCGUUUAAUUGCCGAGAGAAGCGAGAAAGGCGUAAGUUCAAAUAUAAUUUUAGUAAUUUGACGUUUGUCGGUUUUUAUUAAUUUUGCUGCGUGAACUAUAUUUUGGCCAUGGACAUAAACUAAUAAGACUGUUUGUAUGCAAAUAAUUUGUUUAGGAAGAACCAGAAUACCUUGUUUUAUGGCACGGCUAUUCGCGAUACGACGCCUCCUACGAACCUGAAAGCAAUAUUACAAGACUUUGCAUCAGGUAGCGUACUGCAGUGUUUAUUAAAAAGUACAUCAGUGACUGAAAUCAUUCACUCACUCAUUCAUCACCUCAAUACUAGAAUAUAGUAGCUAGCCAUACUAAAUAUUGUUUUAUUUUCGUAGAUACUACCAUAAUGCACAACCAAAUGUAAAGGAUAUUCAUGAAUUUGCUGAUUUAUUUCGAGAAAAAAUUGAGCAGGCUCUUAAACACAACAGGAGGAAUGAAAGAUUGACCUUCGAAUGCAGAGGAGAUGUUUUUAAGUUCUUGUUCGCAGGUAAAGGUUAUUUUUUGCAACGUUGGCAAGUUUUGGAAGAAAAUGACUUUCCGCAACAGUUAUUUCAAAAAGGAUGGACUGUUAGGAUGAACAAACAUGGGGAGGGAAUGAAGUUACAUUUUUCAGUCAAGAUACGUUGGUUUAUUUCCUGGUCGCCACUUAAAUACAAUGUUGACACAAAAGGUACCACAGUUCCUUGUAAAAGAGCCCCUUUUGAAAAAAUGUCAGUUGAAGUAAUCAAAGUAGCUGCUUGGUAUGGAUAA